AUGCAGACGUGUCGUCCCGAUGAAGCCGUCCGAACGGCCCUCAGGUCACUGGGAUACCUCGAGACCUACCACAUGCGCGCAGCCAGCACGGAGACGCCCCGCGACUGCGAGCUGUGGAUGCAGGCCAUCAAGGCCAAGUGGGACGGCGAGGGCAAGUUCGAGAAGGAGGACUGGGACCAGCUGCUCGGCCACUGCCAGGCCGUGUGCGACCUGCCCGCCGCCGCCUUCGCGCCAGAGCUGAUCGCCGCUUACCCCAAGGCCAAGGUCAUCCUCACGAUACGCGACCCCGAGUCGUGGCACAAGUCCACUGCCAAAACCAUCUACCAGGGCAUCACGGACCCCGCCUCCCAGGUCGUCUCGCACUUCGACUGGGCCUUCUCGCUCUACCGCCCCAUGCUGGUGGCGCUCUGGGACAGGCUGUUCGAGGGCGACUUUGAGAACCGCGGCGUCGAGGUCUUCAAGAGGCACUACGACCAAGUUCGGGAGCUCGUGCCGCCGGAGCGGUUGCUCGAGUACGACGUGAGCCAGGGCUGGGGCCCCCUCUGCGACUUCCUGGGCGAGGAUGCCCCCGCGGCUCCGUUCCCCUUCACGAACACCAUCAGUGAUUUCCAGAGGGGGUUCCGGGGCCACAACACCCGGAAGAUCCGGGGCGCGGUAAUCAAGGCUGUCUUGCUGGUCCUCGCCAUGGCGACUAUCUGGAUGAGCUUUGGUUAUAUCGCGAAAUGGACUGAAGGUAUAUGA